AUGGUAUCAAACACGCAAGAGGGUAGAGAAAAGCAUUCUUAUAAUGCAUUUAGUGAUUAUCUUUCAGCACAAAGAGGAUUAAUUCCUGAACUUCCUCCCGUGACCCAUGUGACAUCUCGAGUUAUUAGAAUUCUGGGAGGGAACCCAGGAGAGAUGCAGUUACAAGGAACCAAUACAUAUCUAUUGGGCACUGGAAAUUCCAGAAUACUGGUUGAUACUGGCCAAGGAUUUAAAUCUUGGAUUGAGAGUUUGAUCCAGUAUCUGAACAGCAAAAACCUAGACAUUUCUUUUGUUCUCCUCACACACUGGCAUCAAGAUCAUACAGGCGGUGUUCGAGAUCUGAUUUUCCAUAAACCACAUCUCGCGUCUCGUAUUUACAAAAGCAAUCCCGAUCGUGGUCAGAUACCCAUUGCAGAUGGGCAGAUCUUCCAUGUUGAAGGCGCGACUUUAAAAGCGAUUCUAGCUCCAGGCCACGCUUUUGAUCACACCUGUUUUGUUCUAGAAGAAGAACAGGCUCUAUUCACAGGAGAUAAUAUUCUCGGGCAUGGAUUUACUGUUAUUGAAGACCUGGGAGCGUAUCUCUCAAGCCUAAGAUAUAUGGAGAGCCAGAGAUGUCUCGAGGGUUACCCCGGCCAUGGAACGGUGAUUGAAAAUCUCGCAUGCAAAAUAGGCCAAUAUAUUCGACGCGAAGAACUUCGCAUUAACCAAGUGUAUUCACUACUAGUGAAAAAAAAUGUUUCUCAACAAGGCUCUCUGAGAAAGUCCAGUUUCACCAAUCGAGAGCUUGUAACACUCCUUUAUGGUGAAGUGUCCGACUCGUUGUUUGAGAUUGCCUUGGGGCCGUGCAUAAAUAAUUGUUUAUGGAAAUUGGCAGAAGAUGGAAAAAUAGGAUUUGAGAUUAGAGGGUGUAAUAGGGUUUGGUACGCUCAUUCAAGUGUUUUUCUUGGGAACUAG